UAUUAUUUACAAGUACAACAACAAUAUUUAAACAUGUUUAAAUUUGUCAUCUUUGUUGCCCUCGUAGCUUCAGCUCUGGCUGUCCCAGCUCCUGAGCCAAAACCAGCCCCGCAACCUGGUCUAAUCGCUACUUCAUACACUGCACCAUUGGCUUACAAUGCUCCUCUUGCUUACAACUACGGGUACUAUGGAUAUCACGCUCCUUCCGUCUACGCCUCUGGAUACGCUUAUUCCCCAUACGCUUCAUAUAUUGUUUAAACGAAAUAACAUGUAUAAAAAAUAAAUUGAUUUUUAA